AUGGACGGAUUGCAUGAAGCUGAGAGGAACCAUAAGAUUUAUCCUGAAGUCGCUGACGGUCCAUUCGAAAGCUCACGCGACUGGUUAUCCUAUGUUUCCGAGCACCAUGAACAGAUUAUCCGUGGCAUCCCCGGGACUCAGCAGAGCAAGGAACUUGAGAGCCUUCACCGUUUUCGAGAAAUCACUCCGCGCUUUAUAUCUAGCCUGGGCGACGGCGAUUUCAGACUCUUCUGCGAUGAUUUUGCUGCUGGGAAUAUACUCGUGGAUAAGGAUUACAACGUUGUCUGUCUAGGAGACUGGGAAUUCACCUAUUCCGCACCGUCCGAAUAUCAAUGUUGCCUAUCCUCCUGGCUUAUUCUAUCCAAACCACAUACAUGGGAACAAGAUGACUACAGACUCUACUGUAAGCAGUUGGAGCUGUUCCUUCAGGUCCUAAGAGAGGAGGACAGCAAGCGAAUAGAUACAGGCAUCAUUAUUGAUUCAGCAUCACGCCUGUCGGAUGUGAUAAGGCAAGGGCAGUCGGAUGGAACGUUCUGGUUUGUCUCGUGUGCUAAAUCUGGCUUAUUUUUCGACAAGCUAUGGGACCGCUUUCAGAGAUUUGACCCUGUUAAUUUUGGAUCCCAAGGCAUAGAGUUGAAGCAGAACGGCGCACAAUGUGAAGAUCCGAGGUUAACGGUGUGA